AUGAUGUUCCGACAAAUCUGGUUAGCGAAAGAAGAUCGAGAUUUGCAGAGAAUUAUAUGGCGUUAUGAUUCUUCAGAGGAAACAAAAGUAUAUACGUUGAACACUGUGACGUACGGCAUUACAUGCGCUCCGUAUCUAGCGAUGCGCUGUCUGAAACAUCUUGCAACACAACCAGAGGCCGCUACACGAAAAUUAGCAGCAGAAGCUUUACUGCAUGACUUUUAUAUGGAUGAUGUAUUAACUGGCGGAAACACUAUACAAAAAGCCAUCGACUUAAGAAAGGAGUUAACUGAGUUGCUCCAAGCAGCAGGAUUUCCACUCAGGAAAUGGAGAGCCAAUGAUUCAGGAAUCUUACAAGAUAUUACCGACGAUCAAGAAGCAGAUUCAUUAUUGGUUUUAGAUGAUAAAGAACCGAUGAAAACACUAGGCCUACUAUGGAACUCAAAUAAAGAUACGUUGCAAUAUGCGGUUAAACUAGCAGUGAGUAAUAAAACCACUAAACGCAGUAUUCUGUCACAAAUAGCAAAAAUUUAUGAUCCAUUGGGAUUAAUAGGACCUGUUGUAAUCACAGCCAAAAUCAUUAUGCAGGAAUUAUGGAAACUGAACAUAGGAUGGGACGAAACUGUACCUCAAGGACUUUACAAUACUUGGUCGGAUUAUUAUCAGUCUCUUCAAGCGUUAAGCCAAGUGGAAAUACCAAGAAAUUUCAAUGCACACAACAAAUAUCAAUCAUUCACAUUGCACGGAUUCGGCGAUGCCUCAGAGAAAGCAUAUGGAGCUUGUGUAUACUGUGUCUACAGGACAGAACAAGAAACUAAGAAUUCCUAUUUAGUAUGUUCUAAAGCAAAGGUUGCCCCUUUAAAAACUGUAUCACUGCCAAAACUAGAACUCAAUGCAGCCCUUUUAGUAACAAGAUUGGUAGUAGCGGUUAUUAAAGCCCUAAGACGUUCUAUUAGAGAGGUGCAUUUCUGGAGUGAUUCCACCAUUGUUUUACAUUGGAUAGAUACAGCUCCACAUAAAUUAAAGACUUACUAUGCCAACAGAGUUACGGAAAUACAGAGCUCAAUAUCUGGAGCAAAAUGGCAUUAUGUACCAACUGCACAAAAUCCUGCAGAUGUUAUUUCUCGAGGAGUGACAACGAAGAAGCUACUCAGCGAUGAACUAUGGUGGCAUGGCCCUCGAUGGCUAUCAUCUAAAGAAGAAUGGCCUAAAUCAAAUCUUCAUACAUCAAAAAGCAACACAGGCUUACGCGAAGAAACGGUACUUACGGUAACGACAAAACAAUCAGACAUUCUUAGAAGGUAUUCUUCAUUUGAGAGACUCAAGAGAGUUAUUGCUUAUUGCUUGCGAUUCAAGAAUAUUCUAUCAAAAAAACGUAAGAUGGGCACAUUAACAAUAGAGGAACUACAGUAUGCAGAACUAGUUAUCAGCCGUAUGAUACAAGAGGAAAGCUUUCCAGCAGAAUUGCGCGCACUGAAACAAGAGAAUCGAGUACACAAGAACAGCCCAGCAGCUGCUCUCAAUCCAUUCACAGAUAGUAAAGGUAUCAUCAGGGUAGGAGGUAGGCUACGACAUUCUGAAUUAUCAUACAGACAGAAGUAUCCAAUAUUAUUACCCGCCAAACAUCAUGUGACGGAGAUAAUAUUGAGACAAAAGCAUGAAAAGCUACUUCACUGCGGUCCUCAGCAGUUAUUAGCAAGCAUACGAGAGCAAUAUUGA